AUGGUUGAAUCACUAGCUUUAUUCUAAAACGAUAAAGUACCCUCUAUAUAUGAUGUUCCCACUUAAGUACUAUAAACCAAAGUGCUCUGUCAUUUUAGUUCAAAAGAACUAUUUAUGUUAAGAGGUGUAUGUGGAGAUUGGUCAGAUUCCAUAAAGAUCAUUUGGUGUCAUAUUGUGAAGGAAGAGAUGCUUGAAUAAGUGCAUUCGUUAGAUUUGCUUUACGAAAAAGAAACAACUGCAAAGCUUUUAGAAUUCAAAAUAAGAGAGGAUCAAAGAGGAAAAUAGAUUCUGUUGAUUGCAUGCAUGAUUGUUGCCCCAUAAUCACUUGACUACCCAUCUGAAUUCAGUUAAAUUACAGAACAGCACAUCAGAGAGGCCUCUCAUUACAUGCUUACUACAUAAUUUAAGCAAUAAUUUGCAUAGAUGUGCUAAAUGGAGACCAUCCCAGAUGUUUCCUUAGGCUAGAUGAAAGUGAUAAAGAGUGAAUUUAUUGAGAAUAUCAUCACUCCUGAUGUGAUUGAUCAGCUUGGUAACGCAGCUAGAUUACUUAACUCAUGGAUUGACGGUGCUUUAGAAUAUACUAUCCUAAAGCAUGAGGUACUAGUUCUCAGGUUAAAAAAUAACAAAGUACAUGAAAAGAUUAAGUACAUUUCAGCUUUAUGGCCUAAAAAGAAGCAGUUCAUAGAAGGGGCUUAUAAGAUUCUACUUUUUACUAAAUCUCAAAGACUUUAGAUAAAUUGUGUAAUGAAUGCAUUAAGAUAACGUGGUCUCUUUGAAUUCAUGGAUUUUAAGGAUGCUGUUAACCGAGUGCUGAAGAAAUGGUAUGAGUAAAGAAUACAAGAAGAAACUGAAAGAAAUAAAAAACUAAGAGAGUUGCAUGAUAACUUGACUAAAAUGAAGAUACUUAGAGAGGAGGAAUAAAUCAGACAAUAAUAACUAGAAAUUGAUAAGCAAGGUUAGAAGAAAGACGAUCCAGUAGUAGAGAGUUAGUAAUUAGAAGUUGAAUAAGACAUCAAAGAUAGAAAAGAAAAACUUGAGCAUGAGAUGGAGUAACUUAAACAGGAGAUCUAGAAGACGAAUGAAUAGAUUGAAGAGACAAAGGAGUAGAUAAUUCAGAAAAAAUAGGAGCAAGAAUAAGCACCUAUUGAAGAAGUGAAAGUGGAAAGCAAAUAGAUAGAGGAAAGUAACGAUCUAUAAGAAGUACAGUCAUUAUCUGUCCAAACAGAAACACAAACAGAGCCAGCAAAUUAAUAGUAAGAAGAAGAGGUUAAGCAAAGUGAAUAGAUUGACACAUAAGUAGCUUAAGAAUCACAACAGCAAUAAUAAGUUAAUUAAAACUUAUUCUCCUCUUAACUACUUUCUUAAAUCUUGCAAGUUGGUACUCUUUUCACUCAGAAAGCGUUGCAAGAUGAAAACGAAGAACAAGAUGACGAUGAAGAGUUUGAUCACUAUGAGAACUAUAUUUCUCCAGAGGAGCUUAGGCAAGAGAUAUAUGAGAACAUCCUUAAAAGAAGAAUAUUUAAUGCAGACAGAAUGGAGAAAGUUGAGAAGGUACUGCUAAAUAUGGAAUUAAUCCCCAAGGAUUAAAUCUACUGCUCUCAAGUGAUGCUAGAAGAGUUCAAAAACAAGAUAUUUGCAGAGAAUGGCAGUCUUCUGUUGAAGAUCUACGAACAAGUCAAUCUUGACAAAGAGGAAUUAUGGUUUGAGAUAUAUCGUUCCAUUUCUAACCAGUCAGCCGAGAGCUAGGAGCUUGAAAGAAAGAAGGAAAAACGAAUUGAAAGAAGACGCAGACGACUACUUAAGAUUUAGCAUGAUUUAAAGAUCAAGAGAUUGAGAGAACUAGAGGAGGACUUCCAGAGGAGAAGACAAAUCAAUGCCUAAAGAGGAACAAGAAGAUCGGGCUCUGAGGGUAGGUACAAUGAACCUAGCCAAACUCCAAGAAGAGGGAGAAGAAGCAGCUAAAGAAGAUACGAGCACUAUCACCCUGAUAAUAACCAAAAUUCAACCUAAGCUCAAGUCCAAGCUUCAUUACCUAAUGUUAUAGUUGGCAUUGCUGCUUUGAGAUACUUACUUGAUACAGCUCUUUAAGCCGCUUAGAGAAGACAAGACCAUUAGAACAGCUUAGUUCAGUAGAUCAAUCAAGCUUAAAACGCAAUCAAUGAUUUACAAGAUAUGGCCGUUCAAACUGAGAGUGUAAAUGAGGCACUACUGUAAUAGGCAAUGGAGUUGGAAAAUCAGCAAUAACAGCUACAGUAACUCAAUAAUUAAUAAGAGGUAUAACAUUAAGAUUAAGAUCAAGAUCAAGAUGAAAAUGAAGAUGAAAAUGUGUGA